GUCCCUGUCCACUGCCUCAGUCUGUCUAUCGUCAACCACCCCCUCUGUCUGUCUAUCUCUUUAAGCAAAAAAAGACUAGUCUGAAAGGGGGCUAUGUUUGGCCACACCAUAUUUUUCUGGAUUUUGACGUUUGCCAGCUGGUUUUUGGAUGUUGUGACUCUUGAUUCCAGUGUCGUUUGCCAUCUGGCCGGCUCAGCGCCUGCGUGAUUUGGGGCAUGGUGCAAACUUCUGGGAUUGGGGGAGAUGCUGAAGCAAAUGAUUGGGUUUGAAUGUUGAGUUUGUGGGGGGCGUAUCUCAAUUUUCUUGGAAGUUGCAAAAAAAAUUAACUGUGUGUGUGAGCAACUUUUUCUGCACUUGAAAGUUGGAACAGUUUGUUCUGUUGAUUAAAAGAAUUCUGGAUUUCUGUGUUUGCCUAACUUCUGGAAUUUUGGAUGCAUUCAUUAGCAGAAUUUCUCAGCAGUUUCCACCGCAAGAUAAUGAUUUUUUCUAGCUUUGGAUAAACAGUUUGCAACAUUUCUGGAGUUGUGAACAUGCACCGUUUCUGUGGAAGGAGAUUCAGGAUAUAAGGACGUGGUUCUGGUGACGUUUCUGGAUUUUUUUGAGAGUUAAGAUUAUUUUUUUCUUUCAUUGUGGGGAAAAAGAUUUGCAGGGAGUCUGUGAUUUUUCUGGAGAUUUGAACUUGUUAAAAAACUGGAUUUGGGGGACAUUUUGCAACAUUGCUGGAUCUUGGAAUGUGCAAAAAAAGGUGUAUUUUGAGGGAAAUUUCAUGGCAUUCCUGGAUAUCUGAAUUUGCAAAAAAAAGGGGGAAAUUUUGAGCUCAUUGUAAAAUCAUCUUGAUUUGGGGACAUUUGCAAAAACGGGUGUUGACGUUUGCAAGAAUUCUGGAGUUUGGAAUGAGGCCACAUUUCUGGCUCCUUCAGCUCACAAAAACGGUCUAGAUUUGGGGAAAGGUCGGAAGAUUUCUACACGGUUGCAAGAUUGUUUUGCAAAAAUUUGUCUGGAUUUUUCGCUGGCAAGAUUACGCAAAGUUUGCAAGCUUUCCUGGAUUGCCAGGGCUGCAAAACCCUGCUCUUGGCUACUGUGAGCUUUGGGGAGGACCCUCUGGAAAUGCCUGCCCUUUGCUUUCUGGUUGCAACGCAGUCCUGUUCUUGCAAAAUCGGAUUCUGUCCUGACUUGUUGAACCCCCUUAUGUGCCUCGCUCCACACACCGUGCAAGCAGCGAGCCCUGUCUGCAUGUGCCUGUGCUCGCUGGAUGGAUUUUGCUGACCAAAGAAGCUGUUUGCAGAGCAGAAAAGAUUCCUCGAGCCUCCGGAAAAUGACUGGGCUUCUGCUCUUCCACGGCUGGACUUUGUGAAGAGUCGGGUUCGGAUCCAAGGGAAAACCCGACGGAUUUGCUGAGUUGACUGGAAAUUACUUAGGCCAAAAAUAUUGGGCCUGUUUGGUUGGUUGGUUGGUCUCCAAAGCUCAUGGAAGAAAGAAUGAGGGAACUCUAAGGAACUGGGACACUUUUUAAUGAACUUUGACAAAAGUUUACAGAAAAUUGUGAUUCUCUCUCUCUCUCCCUUUCUCUCUCCAUCCCCAUAUCCCUCCCCCCCACAUCCACAGCAGAAAGAACUAAACAAAUCUGUAAACUCCAACAUCCUUUAAUUUACACUUCAGAGGAAAGCCGGGACUCUGCCUGUCGUUCAUUUCACUCUUUUCUUCAUUAUUCACACCCUUUCUUUAACAUUUCCCAAGUUCUGUUCCUUUGCUUUCUCCUACCGCCCCACCUCCCUCCCCUCCUUCCUUCCGCUCUUUCCCCAUCUGUCUGUGCCUACACAAGACCCCUCCCCAGAGGAACCAUGUCUGCUCAGCUGGCCCGAGCGCUGUUCGACAACGUGGCCGAGUGCCCGGAGGAGCUCUCCUUCCGCCGGGGGGACUUGAUGCUGGUGCUGCAGCCCGAGGUGCCCGGCCUGGCCGGAUGGCACCUCUGCUCACUGCAUGGGCAGCAGGGCAUCGUCCCAGCCAACCGUGUCCACGUCCUGCCCAAGCCAGGGCCCCCCGACCUCUCGCCAGCACCCCGCAAGGAGAGCGCAUCAGCUGCCCUCUACAACCCACCCCGUGGCCAGAGGAGCAGCAGUGCAGGGCAGAAGGAGGAGCAGCAGGAGGUGUAUGUGGUGCCCCCACCCACCCGGCCAUGCCCGCCCCCCUGCGAUGAUAUCUACAAGGUGCCCCGUGCCACCUGGAGAGACAGGGACCCCUGGAAGGUGCCUCCCAGCCCCGAGGAUGCCCAGCUGCUACAGUUCUAUGCGGGCCAGUGCCGGACGCACUACGCCACCCUCCUGGCAGCCACGGAGGCCCUGCUGGCCAGCGCCGGGGCCAACCAGCCGCCGGGCGUCUUCGUGCCGCAUGGGCGCUUCGUGCUGGUUACGGCGCACAAGCUGGUCUUCGUGGGCGACACGCUGGCGCGCCAGGNGGCCCGGGUUGGGGCAGCCGCCGGCGCCCUGUGCCAGGCCCUCAAGGGGGCUGUGCUGUCGGUCAAGGGGGCGGCGCUGAGCUACCCCUCAGCCCCUGCCGCCCGCCUGCUCCAGGAGCGCCUAGCCGAGCUCUCCCGGCGGGCGCAGGGCUUCACCAGCCUGCUCAGCACCCUGGCCCCCUCCUGACCCCCAGGACCAUUGACUUCUGACCCCCUGGUGCCAAUGAUCCUUGGGUGACCUCUGGCCCCCUCCCCAGGGUCCUCUGUGCUCCUGCCGCUUGGCCCUAUCUGACCCCUGCACAUAGACUUUUGACCCCAAAGGCCCAAUUGUGACCGCAGACUGAGGCUCUCCCACAUCCAAUGGCCCAUUGCAAUCUCUGACCCCUGGCUAGUUCCCCCUAAGCCAGUGACACCAUGCGCCCUGGCCUUGACCUUUGCCCUUGUGACCUGGGAGCCCCGUUACCUCCACUCUUGGCCCCACCCAAGGGCUUCCCCUCCUGGCCUGCCCCCCAACCAAAAAGCUCCUUGACCCUUGCCCUGUGACCUCUGCCCCCAGUCCAGUUCCUGUCCCUCAAAACCCUGACCCUCUUCAUAUGGGGGAAUCUUCGUAUUAUUUAUAUUUCAGGGUCUGGACUCAGGAGGGUGGAUGGGCCUCACCCCCCCAACCCCGGGGGCCCCAAAGUUGCUUGAGGGAAUCAGGGCAAUGCCAAAGACGUGACUGCAGUUGGACAGCCAGAAGAGGACCCCCACACACACACACACCUGGAGACGGGGCAUUAGUAGCCGGGCUGGGGGGGGGGGGGGUGUCAGCCAACACCUGCAUGGAGCAGAGGCUCAUGGGAGAAUGGCCAAGGCAAGAGGGAGCAGAGGAGUCUGGGUAAAGCCCAGGAAAGGGGAUGGGCCCCGUCCGCAGCACCAACUGCUAAGAACCGACGACUCCCCAGCCCCU